UGGUUCCCUGCUUGUGUUCUUUGUGGCGUUCACGAUCGCCGUUGGAACACGAUGAGUGAUAGCAAUUUUGAGAUACCGGAUGAUGCAGGUCAGGGUGAUGCAGUAAAAGCCGGAUUUGCACACAGAAGUAGAGGAACUGACGGCUUUCCCCCACGGGGGCCCCCAAGUUUCGGCCAGCGAGGGCCACCACAGAGAUUCCGAGGUCCCCCUCCGAUGAUUGGAAACAGGUGUCCGCCCCCUCCGCACUUGCGUGGUCAGGGAAGCAGAAUGAUGAGACCACCCCCACCUGGGGGCUUCAGGGGUCCACCUCCCUUUGAUCCCAAUUUUCCACCACCACCUAACAUGGGACCACCACCCCCUGGUAUGGCCCCUCCUGGUAUGCCUCCUCCAGGGAUGGGCAUGCCACCAGGCAUUCCCCCUCCAGGCAUGAAUGGGGAAACAUUUGGUGGUAUGCAGCGGCCGCCAUUGAUGCCGCCCCACAUGCCGCCUCCGGGUUUCCAGGUGCCACAACAACCCCCGGCUGUGAACAAUGCAUCUGUUGCCCCCGGUGCCCCUCCACCUCAAGGCAUUGAUCUUUCUGGAGAGAUAUGGGUUGAAACCAAAAGUGCUGAAGGAAAGAUGUAUUACUACAAUGCUCGCACCCGGGAAUCUGCCUGGACGAAACCCGAAGGCCCAAAUGUCAAAGUGCUCACCCAGGAACAGAUUGAGAGCAUGGCAGCAGCAGCUGGAGUGACUCCUGCUACUGCCACUACUGCUACUUCAACAGCAUCCGCUACACCAGCAAAGUCAGUCCAAAAUGAGCAGCCCACACCUGCAUCAGCUCCAGUUACCACUCAGCAAAGCACCAUGGGAUCUUCUACUGCAGCUAAUUCUGUUACAACAGCGCCUGAAGGGCAGGGUCAGCCCGCCCAGUCUGCUGAAAACGAGUCUGCAGCAACAAGCUCACCCGAGCGAAGUAAGAAUGACGCUGCACCCAAAGGUGUGCCGCCACCAAGCCCCCAGUCCCUUUCCAACUUGGGCCAGCCAGUUGGGGCUUUGCAGCCACCAGCAUUUGGCCUACCACCACCAUUCGGCCUUCCUCCACCAUUUGGACUUCCCCCAGGAAUGCCACCAGGCUUGAUGCCACCAGGGUUCCCAAACUUUGGCCUGCCCCCACCUGGGUUUGCCCUUGGAACGCAGCCACCCCUGGGAAUGCCUGGGUUUCCACCCAUGCCUGGUUCACUAGCUACAGCUGCAGCAGCACUAGCUGCAGAUGCAGCUGAGAGCAAACCUACACCAAAGGAAGUGGAUCCUGAAAUUAAAGACAAGGCUGCACAGUGGGCCGAGCACAAAACUGCUGACGGGAAAAGUUAUUACUACAACACCAAGACAAUGCAGUCUACCUGGGAGAAACCGCAGGCCAUUACGGAUCUCGAAAAUGCACUGGAAAAGGCCAAGGCAGAUGCUGAAAAAGAUGGAGAGACAGAGAAGAAAAUUGACAUGAAAGGUUCUGGUGAUGGUCCAUUGAAUUCAGAGCAUCACAUGGUUGAUGGUAUGCUGGCAAAGAAUGAGUCUGCGGUGCAAGAGGCUAAAAAGACACCAGCUCCAAACAAACCCCAAGACAAAUCUCGUCCUGUCUCGAGUACUCCAGUGCCAGGAACUCCUUGGUGUGUUGUGUGGACUGGGGACCAAAGAGUGUUUUUCUUUAAUCCCACAACCAGAGCUUCUGUCUGGGAAAGACCCGAGGAAUUGAAAAAGCGUGCAGACGUGGAUAAAAUGGUGCAAGCCCCACCUGUUCACCCCGAGGCCAAGAAUGAAGACGCUUCAAAAGAUGGUGAACCCGCAGCUAAGAAGGCGAAGCUGGAUGAUGCAGUCACCGAGGCAGCCAAGACAGGGACCAUAGGUGCUGUUCCAGCAACUGGGGUUGCAGGAGUCAAGAUUGAGGAAGGUAACAAGCAAAAAACUAUAACUGUUGGAAAAGAGUCUGCAAUGGAGGCCGAACUGAGAGCAGCUAAAGCACGAGCCACCAUACCCUUGGAUGUCCGUAUGAAAGAGUUCCGGGAUAUGCUAGUGGAAAAGGAGGUGUCUGCAUUUUCAACAUGGGAGAAGGAGCUGCACAAGAUAGUGUUCGACAGCCGGUAUUUGCUGCUGACUUCGAAGGAGCGUAAACAGGUAUUUGAGAAGUAUGUGAAAGAGCGGGCAGAGGAGGAACGCAGGGAAAAGAGAAACAAGAUGCGAGAACGGAAAGAGGACUUUAAACGAUUGCUUGAAUCUGCUGGACUAACAAGCAAGUCUACUUUCAGCGACUUUGCCCAGAGGUAUGGUAAGGAUGAUCGGUUCAAGAAUAUAGAGAAGAUGCGUGAGAGGGAAACCAUGUUCAACGACUUCAUCCAAGAUUUACGGAAGCAGGAACGGGAAGAGAGGUUGACCCAAAGGGAAAAGAUGAAAAAGGAUUUUCUUGAGCUGCUCAAGGAGCAGAAAACCCUAGACAAGCACUCCCGUUGGAGUGAUGUGAAAAAGACUUUCGCUGAAGACCCCCGAUACAAGGGCGUGGACAGCAGCUCUCAGCGGGAAGAGUGGUUCAAAGAUUACAUCAGCAAGCUGUCAAGCCACGGCGAUGAUGAUGAGAGCAAAGAACGAGAGAAACAAGAGCGCAUUGAGGCCAGCAUACGAGAGAGGGAAAAGGAGGUGCAGCGAACGCUGUCAACACAUCUGCGUGAACGCGACAAGGAGCGUGAGCAACACAAACACGACGAGGCAGUACAGCACUUCAAUGCCCUGCUUACAGAUUUGGUGCGGAACCCAGACUCCUCGUGGAGAGAAGUUAAACGCACUCUUCGUAAGGAUCACCGAUGGGACCUGGUUGAGUCCCUGGAGCGUGAAGAGAGGGAGAAGUUGUUUAAUGAGCACUUGGACCAUCUUAACAAGAAGAAAAAGGAAAAAUACAGAGAGCUUUUGAAUGAAACCUCUAGUAUCACUCUGAGCUCAACCUGGAAAGAGGUGAAGAAACUAAUUCGUGAGGACCCUCGUUACACAAAGUUCUCCUCAAGCGAGCGUAAAUGUGAAAAGGAGUUCAAAGAGUACCUCAAGGACAAAAUGGCCUCCGCAAAGUCAGACUUCCGUGAGCUCCUAAAGGAAACCAAGAUGAUAACAUACAAGUCAAAGAAACAGAUAGAAGAAUCUGAACAACAUCUUCAAGACAUUCAGAAAGUCCUUGAGAAUGACAAGCGGUAUUUAGUUCUGGCAUGCAUACCAGAAGAACGCAAGAAGCUUCUGAUGGCCUACAUUGAGGACCUUGACCGUCGAGGUCCACCACCGCCUCCAACUGCGUCUGAACCCACACGGCGCUCUAAUAAGUGAGGGCUUGGGGGUUUGUUGAAAGUCUUUUUUUUUUUCCUUUGUUCCCUUUUUCUUGCGGGUGUGCUCUGAGAUUAACAAUGAACUGUUGCAUCGAGGAGGGCACAAGUGAAACAUCAGCGCAGUCACUAUUAUUGGGCAUUGAUCGACGCUUUUCAUCUAGCAUCUUGUUUUAAUUGUUUUUACUGUCAUCACUUGAUAGCCAGUCUAAGCAUCUUAUGCUACGUCAUGGGUUGACCCAUUAAGUUUAGUAACCGUGUGUAUGACUACGUGAGAAUUUGCAUUAAAAUGUAAAUGAUGUAUACUUAAAUGGUACCAUGCCAAAAAUAAUUCAAGAACUAGUACUACACAGUUUCCUCCUCUUGACAGGUGUGUGCCUGUAUUGAUGUUUGGGAUUUUUGCAUCCUUUUUUUUUUUUACCAUAGUCUUUUGCAUGAGCUUUGUUCCUCUCUUCACUUCUUAAGCUUUUAGAGCCUUGUGCCAAUAUAACAGUUACAGUGAAACCUCACUGAUAUGAUUUGCAAGGCAGAAAAAAUGGGUAAUUUAAUUUUCUUCUCCAACCAAGAAUGUUCAAAAUUUGCUUGAGCAGUCGGCUAUUACAUAUAUGCUAUAGGUGACGAAGAGAGACUGAAGCUGCGUAGGGGUUACUAAGGGAAAGAUUAUUAUGUUUAAUUAGUAAGGAAAAUGAAUUAGGGCAAAGUUACUGGUGGUUUACAUUUGAAGUUACGGGUUGACGUUUUGGUGACAGCGUCGUCCUCAACAGAACAGAAGUCUUGUUGAGAAUACCACCUCAUAGCACUUGAGUUUGGUUUGAGUCUCUCCUUUACGUUUUGCAUAUAAAGGGUGUUUCACCUGACAUGUUAAGAAAAUUGUACGUAAAACUCUACCUGUGUGAAAACUAUGGGAUUAAUGGUAUUUAUCUGGGGGGGGGGGGAUCUUUUGCCAUGACUUCAGAGCACUUUUAGAUUGCAGUAAAUUGAAUUUUCUGAAUUGAACCCUGAAAUUUGCCAAGUCGAUCUCAUGUUGUUUUUUGUUUGUUUGUUUUUUUAAGCAGGAAGUGUGUGUCAGGUUUACCCCACUCUAUUACAGAGUACAUGCCCUACUAUACAAUGACAAUCGCUGGAAAAUAAAAUAUAGCGAAAACCAUUGUUUCAAGGCCCGCAAAUUGUCAGCCGUGCUUGGUUCUCUGUCGUGUUAAGGCCAGAUGCCGUGGAAGAAAACAGUGACCUGCCCCUUCCUGUUUCCUUCUCACUGUUGCUUCAGAUAACAUUGCGUUGUAACCGUGCUGCUGUUGAGCAGAAGCAUGGAAAAGGAAAAGUGAAGGGGCAGGUCCAUGGUCAGAUCUGAGCACGGCCCAACAAUUUGUGCACCCCAAAACGACAGCUAUUACCACUGUAGUAGGGAAUGAACUGGGAGUGGGAUAAGUCCGAUAUAAAAAAAAAGUGAGGUUGGCUUUGCAAAUUUCGGUGUUCAACUCAGAAUAUUUAAUUUCUUAUGACUCAUUAAAUGUGCUCGGAAGUCAUGGCAAAAGCUCCCGAGAUAAACAGGGUUGUCCCCAUGAUUUUGAGACAAGUAGACUUUGUAAUACAAUUUUUUAACAUGUUAGGUGAAACAUCUCGUAUGUAUAUAUAUAGCUGACUGCUUAACCAGGUCCAUUCUGCAACAGCAGUAGAUCGUGGAUUGCGCAUUGUGCAAACAUUGAAAAAGCUGCUUGUGACUUCAGAUUUCGUAUACGUUCUCUGCUGUAUUUUAGGUUCACAUAUACAAUUGAUACAUAUUACUUCCAUAGCAUCGGUAACGUCACAAAACAUUACGCUCAUUUCUGUCAUGCACACGACCAAUCUUUAUUGAAGGCAUAUGGAUUACGACAAAGUGUGUGUGUGUUUUGGCAAACUUCAUCAAAAAAUGCCCAGUUGAUACAUCAGGAGUUAGGUAUAUGCAAAGGAAUGUGUUCCGAGUACUGAUGGGUAGCAUUUGAAAGGCUGAAGCACAGAAGAUUCUGCAAAGCAUUGCAGAUUUGCUCCUUUAGUGCAAUGUCACUGUAGUGUGCCUACUUGAAAACAAAUGCAUAAACACACUAAAAAUGCACCUUCCUUACAGUAUUACCAUUACAACAGUAAUAUUUUGAAUUCAAGCAGGUAGUAUCAAAGCACUGCAGUAAUGAAUGUAUAAUGUAGAAAAGCUACUACUACUCAUUCUGUACAGCAAUGCAUGUUGGUUUUCCUGUUUUGUUGUACUUCACGACACAAAAUAGUCAGUGCAUGUGAAGAGCACUUGACUUAUAGAUGUUGUGCUUGAGCUGUAUGGAUUCAUGCAUUCUUUGAGUAAAAAAUAUUUCUGGUGUGAUGUCAUGCGGAACAGUUUGCAUACAAGUUCACGAGUGUCGUGGAAUGGCUAUGCUAGGAAGAUGAAAUUUGACACAUACAGGAUGGUCAUCUGCUCAUACUCAAGUGUGUCAGAAUUAGCCAGUUACAUGAGUUGUCCAGAGCACUCAAGAACAAGUUUUGACCUUGCACUUCAUACAUUAUUGAAGAAUGAAGAGAGGCCUGGUUUUCGGCUUUGGGGGUUCAAGAAAAGCAAAGUUUCUUUGUAAAGAAAUAAAAGACAACCCAAUAGGC